AUUGAGUUCCCAGCCAAACUUCAGCCAUGAAGAUACUUUACCUUCUCUUUGCUGUCUUCUACCUAAUGCUGCAAAGCACUCCAGAUCCAAUUGUGACACUUCUGGAAUACUGUGUCCAAUUUGGGUACUCACAAGUCAAUAAUCCUAAUAGCCUCCUACAAUGUAUACGUAAUGGGGGUAUCUGCUUCGGUAUAUGACUCCCCACUUUUAGACGGAUGGGAACUUGCGGUUUUGGAGUCCCUUGCUGCAAAUUUCCGCAUCGUAACAACAAGGUCUGUGACUAG